CCCGUGACGACGUGCAGUGACAAAGCGGCCUAAAAUACUUGAAAGUGAUUUAAAACUUUAGAUAAAGUAAACAAUUAAUAAAUAAAAAAACAAUGAAAACGAUAAAAUAUCUUGAAAUUGUGUAGUAAAAAUUAAACAAAACUUUUUUAUUUCGUAUUUCAAAACUUAGAUAAAUAAAGAGUGAAACUCACAUCAUAAUCGAAAUAAGUGUUUAGUGACUACUAUAAACUAUGAACUAAGCAGUUUCAUCAUGUUAUUGAUAACAUCGGUAGUGAUGUUCCUAAGACGAGUUAUUUUUGGGAAAAACGUCGAAACAUUUUAAAUUGACACGUAUGAUUUAACUAGUUGUUUCAAAGUGUUAGUGAAGUGAAUCAGUGUUGCGAUGGGUACGGAGUUGGAGAUACAGAAUUUUAUUAACUGCACGCAGCAGGCCUUGGGUUCUGAUUUAUCUUGGGAUACGCUGAAUGUCUCUCAAAUACUGGACUUGUUGCCGAAUCAAAUUCUUGAGGACAUGAAUUUGAAAAUCACUCUUGGCAACUGCAUGGGCUUAGGAAAGAGGCCGUAUAGCCCUCCCUGGUGGGGACAGCUGGCCUGGUUUGUGCUGUUCGCUGUGAUGCUGCUGCUCGCGGUGCUGGGAAACACUUUAGUUAUAUGGAUUGUAUUAGCUCACCGUCGUAUGCGGACAGUGACAAACUGCUUUCUCGUGAACUUGGCGUUCGCUGAUCUUCUUAUGGCGACAUUGAAUGGUGCUCCAAACUUCAUAUUUUUGGUGACAGCGGAUUGGCCCUUCGGAUCAGUGACCUGCACCGCCAGCAAUUUUACCGCAAACUUGACUGUAUCGGCUGGCGUUUUCACCCUAGUUGCUAUAACCGUGGACAGGUAUGUGGCGAUAGUGAAACCACUGCAACACCGACUGAGCCGCAGCGUCGCACGUGCAGCCUUAUUCACGGUGUGGUUCGCCAGCGUGCUGCUAGCCUUGCCAAGCUUACUCUACUCAGACACGUAUACAAAAAAGUACAUAAAUGGGGAACGAGAAAUAUGUUUCAUAAAAUGGCCGGAUGGCAGUUACCCUACUUCGCGGACAGAUUACUGUUACAACCUCGUGUUCUUGGCUGUAACUUAUGUAGUUCCUAUGUCUGUGAUGGUGUGGGCUUACGUUAAAAUGAGCGCAGCUCUUCAAGGAAGAACGAUAGGGGAAUGCACCCAUCACCAGAUGCAAGUGGUUAGAUCAAAACGGAAGGUGGUGAGGAUGUUCGUCCUGGUGGUGAUGGUAUUCGCGCUUUGUUGGCUGCCGUACCACGCUUACUUCGUGCUGGUGUAUCAUCACCAAUCAUUAGCUUCGUCGCCGUUCGCUCAGCAUGUUUACCUUGGUUUUUAUUGGCUAGCCAUGGCCAAUUCAAUGUUUAACCCGCUAAUAUACUACUGGAUGAGUAACAAAUUCCGGCUAUACUUCAAAUUAGUGCUGUGUUGGUGCAUUACCAAGAAAACAACGUCGCCUAGCAAUCUGAAAAAGCAAUUUGAAAUGAACAAAUCCUUUUCCGUGAGCCAGCGACAUCGCGACGCGUCAUCGUUUAGCCGUGCAUGACAAUCACGAAGGCGGAGCAAUUUGUCCCGCUCAUCCCCAGCCAAUGAUCAAUCGAAUGGUACUUCGAUCUUCACAAAUGGUGUUGCAGUCAAAACGAACCCCCGGUGUGAUUCGGACAGCGACAAACAUUACCAUGUUUGUGAAGAUAAAUUGUGAACUGGGUUUGGCUUAUGAGGGUGUGUAUGAACUUUAAUUUUGAUAAUUAAUAUCUAAUAUGUUGAAGUGUAUUUAUUAAUUAUGUCCAAAUUGGUUUUAUGUCAUUCGCUUAUCAUACUAUGCUAUGUUAAAACUAUUUCAAAGGUUAAAAUAAUAGUCCACUUACAGUAAUUAGUCAUUGAUCUUAAGCUAAUGACUCUUUAGAGAGUAAGUCAUUAAACUAAUACGGCAGAUCACUUAACCUUAUUGUAAAUUAACUUUAAUCUUAACUUGACAUUUGUAUAUACUUA